AUGAUGUCCUCUAAACAAGUCACCUCUCUUGAAGUUGAACCCCCUGGCACCGUCGACUGGGAUGGCCCUGAGGAUCUUGAAAAUCCGCUCAACUGGCCUGCACGGGAGGGCUUCGGUCAUGUUAUCAUUGUUGCCGCGCUGUCUAUGACUGUGAACAUCGCGGCGACAAUAGUGGCACCAGGCAUCAAGGAUGUCGCCCACGACCUCAGAAUCACGAGCACCACUCUUGCUACCCUUGCUGUCAGUAUAUACCUGCUCGGCUUUGCCUUGGGCCCGCUUGUGAUAUCACCACUCUCGGAAAUCUAUGGUCGAUUGGUCGUCUAUCAUGUUUGUAAUAUCGUCUUCGUGGCCUUCGUGGCGGGCUGCGCCUUGAGUAAUUCAGCGAGCCAGUUUUUGAUCUUCCGCUUUAUCUCAGGCUGUGCAGGCGCUGCACCACUUACCAUCGGUGGAGGAACUGUUGCCGAUGUCAUCCCUAUCGAGAGGCGUGGGUUGGCGGCCGCGUUGUUUGGCGUCGGUCCUCUCCUUGGCCCUGUUAUAGGACCUGUAAUUGGUGGUUUCGUGGCCGAAUAUAAAGGAUGGAGAUGGACCUUUUGGGUUGUUGUCAUUCUAGGGGGAGCUGCAUCCCUCAGCAUGUUACUAUUUAUGCGUGAAACUCACCCAAACACGCUCCUUGAACGCAAGGCUAAACGGCUUCGUUUCGAGACCAAUAACCCAAAUCUCAAGUCCGUACUCAGUCGUCACCUUACCAGCAAGCAGAUUCUCAUGGCUGCCUUGAUUCGCCCCACAAAGCUGUUGCUGUUCUCCCCCGUGGUUCUGGCCAUGUCAGUCUACGUGGCUUUGAUAUUUGGCAUCAUGUACUUGUUGUUUGCUACCUUUUCCCUUGUAUACAAGGUUCAAUAUAACUUUAGUACAAGUGUAUCAGGUCUGACAUAUUUGGGGCUGGGCACUGGCGAGAUGGUCGGCCUAUUUAUAUUCGGUGUCCUGAGUGAUAGGCUUCUGAAAGCUCGCAUGGCGGCUGACGGAGUUACCGAGCCCAAGCCGGAGUACAGACUCAUCUUAAUGAUGUGGUUUCCUCCUGCUCUACCCGUCGGGCUAUUUAUCUAUGGCUGGACCGUCUACUAUAAAGUGCACUGGAUUUUACCGAUCUUAGCAACUUCUCUGGUUGGCUUCGGUAUAUUUUUUGUUAUUUUACCAUCACAGCUAUAUAUGGUCGAUCUAUUCGGCUCUGAAGCAGCGGCCUCCGCUUUGGGCGCCAAUAUCCUUCUCAGGUCGCUGUUUGGAGCGUUUCUACCUCUGGCAGGCUCAAGCAUGUAUGCGACGUUGAAUUAUGGUUGGGGAAACACGCUACUCGGAUUCAUCGCCCUGGUAUUUGUCCCAGUGCCCUUUCUUCUAUACAAAUAUGGGGAGUGGCUCCGUACUAGGACAAAAGUCCACCUUUGA